GCCUAUGUCCACCGAGCAUUUACAUCGGACACACCAGAGAAACCUACCAAACAAGAUUAAGUUGUACAAGAAGACGAAGAAAGAUGGAUCAAGACUAUACCAAGGGUCAGAGAUUGUUCGUAGAGACUGCAGUUGGAACGGUGGAAGGAGUUUUCCAUUCUAUGGAUCCUGGUCACAACAAAUUGACCCUGAAUAAAGUUGUUCUCCAUCCAUCAGGAAAGAAGAUAGAAGGCUUGUAUCAUUACUAUAGAAAUGAAGUUAUCAGUGUUCGUGCACUGGAACCAGGUUCAUAUGCAGGGGUUAACAAAGAGGAUGAGGCUGCUGGAGACUGGAACUUGAUGCGGCAGACUCGACCAGUACUGCAUAUCGACAGGGUUCCUGGAAAAGUAAUAUUUUCUGAUGUUGUUGCGAACUACAAGCGAGGACAUGGCCACAGGAGACAAGCUGCUAUGAACAGAAGCCAAAUAAGUGAAGAAGAAUAUGAUGCUCUGAAUAAACUUGUCAAGAAUCAUGUGCUCAUCAAUCGCUUGGGAGAUUUAUUUAAGAAAGCUGUAAGAGACAUUAAAGCAGAGUCAGCAGUUGGUUUCAGCGUGGAAGGAGCCAUGUUUGGACGGCACAGUAAGGUUAGCCUACUGAGCAUUGCCACUCCCAGCUGUGCUUUCGUGUUUGACAUGUGCACUCUUGGUGAUGCAGCCUUUGACAAUGGACUUCGUGAUGUACUGGAAACAGAAGAAAUUGAAAAAGUCAUCCACAACUGUCGUCUUGUUUCUGAUUGCUUGUACCACAAAUAUCGUGUUACAAUUUGCAAUGUCUUUGACACACAAGUUGCUGACCUAAUGGUGACAAAGCAGCAGUGUGGGCAGUUCCCUCGCACUGUGCGCAGUUUGCCACAAUGCCUGACAAGAUACCUGCAUCUUCCAGAGGACCUCCUGUAUCGCCCACAAAUUCGUGAUGGAUAUGUUGUGCUUGAUUCACUGGAGUGGCAUAAACGCCCUUUGCCUAUUACACUGGAGGCAGCUGCUGUGAAGAACUGCAUUUUUCUGCUUCAUCUCCAGAAAAAAGUUCAUGAGGCACUAAUGCUUCCAUUCUAUCAGUGUGUUGAUGUCUUCCUGAAUUUAGUGCGGGAUGCAGAGCAGGCUGAAGCUAGUGAACACCAGGCCCGUGAUGCAUUGGUACCCUUUGAGUUGCUGUCUCUGAAUGACCAACCAGUUGAUGACCAAAAGACAUUGGAAUUUCUGCCUGAUCCAGCUACGAGUUAAAUGAAAUGAGAAAUGUUUUAUGUAGUGUAACUCUUUGUUUUCAUUUUUUAUUGCUGGUAAGAACGUGUUAGGGGAAAUGAAUAAAUCAGCAUGCCUGUGGCUUUACUGUGACGACCCUUAUCAGACUGUUAUUAUGUUUAACGUAAUUUCAUGUACUGUAGUGAAGUAAAACUUAAAUUAUUUUCUUGUGUAAUAACACUGAGCUAAUUUUGUCUCAUUUCUUUGCACUUAUGUAAGUCCUUUUACAACAAAAUCCCACAGUUAAUGUGACUUAACCUUUACCAGCCCAUGCUGCUCUCCAGGUGGUCGAUUGUUGCAUUUUUCAGUAUUUAGAACAUACCCUAAGUUACAGUAUGAUAUACAAGUUACCUUGUACCGCUGGGAGAUUUAGAAUACCGUAUUUCCAGAUGAUAAACGUUUACCCACAAAUUAAAAUAUGGCCACAAAUCUGUAGUAACGGUGAUAAGGGGUAAACAUGAGAUGUAAAGUUUCAUAUGUGCUGAUUCCGCCCCCCCCCUUAAGUUUUAUAUAUAUAUAUAUAUAAUUGUGCCUAGUUUCUUACAUCUAUGGGUUCUAAUGUUUAUUAUAUGUUCACUUCAAAUGAUUCCUAUGUAAGUUACAUGUUAAAAUGGUGAAUCUGGACGGAAAGAGAUUUUAUACAUCUCUAUAGCUACAACACAUUGUAGUUUUUUAAAUGGAUGUAUCUGAUCUAAAGUGAUAUUCCUUAAUAAAUGCCUGAAAAUGUG